AUGGCGAAGCUAUCAGCAGUUCUGGGUGGCACCACCUAUUUUGUGUGGGUGUGUGCCAUGGUCGUCUAUGGGCUUGCUAUUUGGGGUUCAUCCUCAACUGGUAUGAAAGACAACUACGUUGUCGGAUUGAGCAAUAGCGAUGGACAGACGAUGAACAUCACCCUGGGAUACUUCGGAAUAUGUGUCUACUCCGGAUCUCAGGUUCAGACAGGGUCUGAGACCAACUCGAUCAGCGAAUGCAAGAGCAUAUACUAUUUUCCGGACAAUAAUGGCGACAAUGAUGACGGCAGUAGCGCAGACGGCACUGUACUCGUGGAGCACUUCAUCGAUGAACUGAACCUCGAGAAUGAUGCCACACUUAAUCGCGGCGCCCUCGAAACGCUUCUCCUCGCAGCCCGAAUUCUCAAAGAGAAGGUUUUCGUCGGUAAUUGGAUGAUCGCCGCCUUCGUGUUAUUGAUUCUUUCCGGUAUCUUUGCCAUCAUUCCGCUCUUCUUUUAUCACACAGCAAAACGACGGACCAUAAGCAUGUUUCUCAUGGCUUUGGCCGGACUUUUUAUGGGAUUCGGUCUCAUGGCAGUCGGCGCCGCAGCUUCAACCACUACGAGCGCGUUAGCGUUGCUCGGGAACGAAGAAAACCUGGCCUCAACUUUGGGGUUGGAAACUGGGCCAAUCGUCUUUUCUGACAGCACCAUCCUGCACACGCUUACAUGGACUGCAGUUGGUCUGAACGCAGUUUUCGUUUUCUUCGCAACUAUCUCCGCGGUCAUUCGCAACCACAGGAAGCACAUGAAGCAGAAGCAUGGCGGCGGACACCGCCCGGCCAUGGCCCAAGCUGGACACCGCAAGCCACUUCUUGGUGGUAAAGGCUUCAAGGGACCUCGUGGGCGAGCAGUGGGAAAGAAGUUUCGCAGAUGA